AUGUCGCUCAACAAAAUCCCUAUCCCUACUCUUGACCGGCCAUUCGGGAUUGAACUAUGGCCCAUCUUCGCGAAGGUCUAUUCGGCUAUCAUGGGCUAUUCUCCAACAGACUUCAGGUUUGUCCCAGGAGUCACACCCAUGUCGACACUGAAAGAGACGGCUGUCACACUCGGGGCAUACUAUGUUAUUGUUCUUGGUGGCCGCGAGGUGAUGAGAACCCGAAAACCAUUCGUCAUCAAUGGCCUGUUCAUGUUACACAACUUUUACCUGACCGCCAUCAGCGCCACGCUGCUAGCACUCUUUAUUGAGCAGCUGCUGCCAACAGUCGCCCGGAAGGGUGUGUUCUUCGCCAUUUGCGACCAUGAGGGAGGGUGGACGAAGGAGCUGGUUGCACUGUACUACCUGAACUAUCUCACCAAAUACCUUGAACUGCUGGAUACUGUUUUCCUCGUCCUAAAGAAGAAGCCAUUGACUGCAGCUUUCUUGCACACAUACCAUCAUGGAGCAACCGCUGCAUUGUGCUACUCCCAGCUCAUAGGGCUAACAUCGGUUUCUUGGGUCCCGAUCUCCCUUAACCUGGUGGUCCAUGUUGUCAUGUAUUGGUACUACUUCCAGUCUGCUCGUGGAAUCCGCAUCUGGUGGAAGAAGUACAUUACAAUGCUUCAGAUUCUCCAAUUUGUCAUCGACCUUGGAUUUGUCUACUUCGCAUCAUAUACGUACUUCACAUCCACUUACUUUGAUUGGAUGCCGAAUAUGGGAAAAUGUGCUGGUGAAGAAUUCGCUGCAUUUGCUGGCAUGGGAAUCUUGAGCUCCUACUUGCUCCUGUUUAUCUCCUUCUACCUCGCAACGUACAAGAGAUCAGGCAGAGCUCGUCGCAAUACCGGCAAACAGGCUGCCAUCGAGAUGAAGAACUUUGAGAUUCCCGAUGGUCUCCAGCUUUCCUCAAUGGGCGAUGGCAGCAUUACCGCAAAUGGAGACGCCAAGACAAGUGGCCGUGCAGCGAAUGGUCCGACAACACGCUCAAGAAAGGCUUGA